UUCAGUGUUUAUUGUUCAGUCAGGCAGUCAGUUCGCGUUUAUAGCCCGCGGUGAACGCACAUUCCGUACGCGCGCGAAAUAAAGUCCGAUUAAAAAGGUUAAACAUGGAAAUAAACGGUGGUGGCACACAAAAAUUCAAUAAUCAUCUGGAUAUGUCAAGGUUGGGAGCUGAUCUUCCACAUUUUAAUAGAGCAAGGCGCAUUUCUAGAUCCUACGAAAGUGAGAGGCGUGUUUUAGUCAUUUAUACGGGAGGAACUAUUGGCAUGGUGAAAACUGAAGAUGGACUGUCUCCGGGAAAGCACAUGUUCAAGCCUUCAAUCAGAAAGUACCCACAGCUACACGAUGAGAAUUACUAUCAGAAGAUGAUGAACGCGAAUCCUGGUGACAAAACACUGGAGCCUUUCUUCGUCCUACCAAAGACCGAUGACGUUUGCUGGAGGAUUCUAUAUGACAUCAAGGAGUAUGACCCACUCCUGGACUCCUCAGACAUGACUGAAGUGGAAUGGAUCAAAAUUGCCAAAGAUAUUGAGAGGUAUUAUGAACAAUACGAUGGCUUCGUGAUCCUUCAUGGGACGGAUACUCUUUGCUACACAGCAUCAGCUCUCUCCUUUAUGUUUGAGAAUCUUGGCAAGGCCGUCGUACUCACUGGAUCACAGAUCCCAAUCUUCGAGCCGCGCAGUGACGGCGUCGAUAACUUCGUAUCAUCGCUCAUCAUUGCUGGCGGGUUCAACAUACCCGAGGUCACCGUCUUCUUCUGCAGCAAGCUGUUCCGUGGUAACAGAACCCGCAAGAUCUCCGUGAACAACCUUUUCGCCUUCGACUCUCCUAAUGCAGUGCCCAUCGUGAAAAUAGGCCUGGUCAUGGAGAUCAACAAGGCAGCCAUCUUCAAGCCUACCGUCAUUGAGAAGUUCCAAGUUCACGCACAGAUGUCCAAGAAUGUUGGCUUAUUGAGGAUGUUUCCCAGUAUUAGCACGGCGGCUGUGAAGUCCGCUUGUCAACCACCUAUUUUAGGCCUUGUGAUACAAACUUACGGCGCUGGCAACAUUCCGGCGAACAGACCGGACAUAUUGGAGGUGCUAGAGAAUGCCGUGAAGAGAGGUCUCAUCAUCGUCAAUAUCACGCAGUGCAGCACAGGAUCCGUCGCCGCUUUGUAUAAGACUGGACAGGUUAUCGCGAAGGUAGGCGUGGUAUCCGGAUACGACAUGACUCCCGAAGCUGCACUCACCAAACUAUCCUACGUGCUGACCAAGAUCGACCUCAGUUACGAACAGAAAAUUGAGAUGAUGGGCCAGAAUAUCAGAGGAGAGCUGACUAACUUGUCUUCUAUGUCAAUUCAAGACCAAUCACUCAAAGAAGCGCUGGGCCUCAGUCUCAACAUUCAGUCGCCGAAGAAGUUGACGGAGGUGGCAGAAAACGUGUUCUCCUCGCUGCUGCUGUACGGCAUCAAGCAAGGAGACGAGGGGAUUGUCAGGAAGAUGCUAGAAAUGGGUGCCGACGUCAACGCAGAGGAUUCGGAGGGAAAGACUCCUCUUCACGAAGCGAUCCUCUAUGGAAAGCAUGACAUGGUUGAGUGUUUACUGAAGAACGGCGCUAAUGUACACUUUAAGACCAGGACCGGCGAAUGUCCUCUCAUCACAGCAAUUAUACGCGAGGAUCUGAACAUGAUAAGCACGCUCAUCAAGUGUGGAGCCCACCUCGCCAUUGCCGACAAGUAUGCCAUUGAAGAGAUCAUGAAUUCCGCAGUCAGGUCAGGGUCGGUCGCCAAGCUGGAGUCGCUGAGAGUAGCUGGUGCUAAGUUUGAUGUGCUUGAUGAGUUGAAGCAGAGUCCUCUGCAUAAGGCGGUUCUGUGCAACAGGCCCGAAGCGGCUGCCUAUCUCCUGAAACACGGGGCUGAUAAAGACUUGAAGGAUAUCCUGGGUCACACUCCAGCGGACUACGCAGUGAGACUAAAUAGAAGUAGCAUGAUGCCCUUAUUAAAUUAAAAUACUUUUAAACCGUCAUAGUAUUUUAUCUAGAUCUGAGUUUAUGAGAAAGUGAUACGAUAAUUGCACGACUUGUGUGUGUGAGAUAAGUGCGUUUUGGAACUAUUUAUUGGUUCGUUUGUAAUACAAAAAUUAGUUUGUUUGGACUUUAAAUCGGAAAUAAAGAAGGACAGAAAUGGUGCGAAUCUGGUGUUACCAAAUGACAGCUGUCAAAAUUAAAAAUGUAAAAGUGAAUGAUAAAUAGCGACAGAACCAAUCUGUGAUAAAGUCGCGAUUUUAUAUGAGUUUUAUUGCACGACUGUACUACUUCAGGAAUUAAAAAAGAAAGAUGAGCAUGUUUUUGAUACGUUUUUUAUAUUUUGAGAAAUCAGCAACAAUCAAGAAAAGUAAUCAUUUUGUACGAUAUAUUAGUGGUUGUAUAAAAAUGUUUAACAUAAUAUUUAAUAAGUUAUAUUAGUUUAAGACAACUAUUUGUGGGAACAUUUUGAUAUGAACGCAACUUGGAGCAGGUACAGUCGGGAAACACUGUUUUGUAUGAGUUUUGUAUAUUUAUUAUGUGGCAUUUAUUAAAACGUAUUAUUAUUUAUUGAAA